AUGAAGAGCCUGACGUACAUACUUUUAUUCAGCGGUAUAGCCCUUGCUUCCGGUACAACGUUUCGAACACGGGCUACAGAUUACACUCUCGACAUAAGGGAUGGAAAUGGAGGAUUAUUUGCCCAUUCUAUGUUAGCAAACAUUGGUGGCUGUCAAUCCGCGAAUUACGCUCCCUGUCCUAAUGCCAAUGGAUGUUGUCCUAUAGGCGUUACAUGCACGGCUACUAGUUGCCUAAUUCCCUGCACUAGUGCGGAUAUACCUUGUGGAAAUGGUUGUUGUCCUCCCGACCACGUUUGCAAUGCUAAUUUCCAAUGUGAUCUUGCAGGAGGUGGUGGUGGAGCAACUGGAGGUGGUGGUGGAGCAACUGGAGGAGGUGGUGGAGCAACUGGUGGUGGUGGUGGAGCAACUGGAGGUGGUGGUGGAGCAACUGGAGGUGGUGGUGGAGCAACUGGUGGUGGUGGUGGAGGCAAUGUCACUUGUAGUCCUGGACAAUUCGCAUGUCAAGAUAGUGAUGCAACUGGAGGAUCUGGUACACCCACUAAUUCUAGUUCUGGCACUGGCGGUUCUGGCACUGGCGGUUCUGGCACUGGCGGUUCUAGCACUGGUGGUUCUAGCACUGGCGGUUCUAGCACUGGCGGUAGUAGCGGUGGUAGCGGUAGCCCUAUUAAUAAUACUACCACCGGCGGCGGCGGCAGCAACAUCUCUAAUACUUCUAACAACAUUAGGAUACCUACACUAUCCUCCUUGGUGUUGACAAUGACUCCUUUACUAUAUUAUCUGCUCAGUCAACUCUAA